AUGUUCAUCGGAAUGAACAAUUUGGACCUCAACCCAUCCAAUAUGAAUAGUGCCUGGAAAACUGCUUGCGACACUUACUGGGACGUUUCAACGAAGACAGAAAAGAACACACGGUUGUGCAUGUGUUUUGAAGAGAGGCAGACAGCCGCAGGAUGCUCUCUACGCUACACGGCACGGAUUGCUCUGGAUGCAUCCGCUCUCUUCCGGAACAAACCAGUCGCCGAUGUCCGCAGCCGCAAGUUAGCAUGA